AUGUCCCAUCCCCAGGUGGGCCUCCCGGAGCCGCAGGUGAAGCGCUGCGCCGCCCAGGUGUCCUCGGCCCUGGCUUACCUGCACGGCCACGCGCUGGUGCACCGCGACCUGAAGCUGGACAACGUCCUGGCCUUCGACCGCCGCUGCCACCUGGUCAAGGUGGGCGACUUCGGCCUGACGCGCGUGCAGGGCUGGCAGGUGCGGCCGGCGCGCGGCCCCGCGCCCUACUGCGCGCCCGAGCUGCUGCAGGUGCGCGCAGGUGAGGCGCGGCGGCGGCACCUGGAGCCCGCGGCGGACACCUGGGCGUUCGGCGUGCUGCUCUUCGCGCUGCUCACCGGCACCUUCCCCUGGGCCUCACCUGAGCGCUCCGACCCCGCCUUCCGCCGCUUCCGCACCUGGCAGGGCGGCGGCCGCUCAGGUGAGCCAGGUGCGGCCCGGCCGCCGCGCACCUGGCGGGGCCUGGGGGCCGAGGGGAUGGAGAUGCUGCGGGGGUUGCUGCACCCCCGGCCCGCGCGGCGCUGCCCACCUGGAGAGGUGCUCAGGUACCUGGGAGGGGCCUGGGCAGGUGAGCGGGGACAGGUGGGAGACACGGGUGAGGGGGGGCAGGUGAGCUCUGACGGGGAGGAGGGACAGGUGAGCUCUGAAGAAGAGGAGGGACAGGUGAGCUCUGCAGGGGAGGAAGGACAGGUGAGUUCUGAAGAGGAGGAAGGACAGGUGAGCUCUGAAGAGGAGGAAGGACAGGUGAGCUCUGACGGGGAGGAGGGACAGGUGAGCUCUGAAGAGGAGGAGGGACAGGUGAGCUCUGACGGGGAGGAGGGACAGGUGAGCUCUGAAGGUGAAAGCGGCCAG